UUGAUAAUAUUGCAGCUGUAUUAUGACUUUUAACUUUUGAUUUCAUAAUCACAUCUUCUGGCAGUUUGUUGCUGUUAGUUUGGGACAAAAAAUCAUGUUGAAUGUGCUCAUUGUUCUCCAGAUGUGUAGCUUCUUAUUCUUUCUGGUUUGAUGGAUUUACUGAGCCUUCAGUUAAAGUAUUAGUACUGUUGUUACUAAGGAGGAAGCAUAUGCUACACAAGAAAUUCAAAGCAUAUGGUACUAAGGAGAAAGCAUUACAGAAUAGACCUAAAGAAAUUAAAGAUCCCGAUGAUUGGAUAUAUCUUUGUGACAUUUUUUCUAAUGAAAAGCUUCAGGCACGGUCAAAAACUUAUUCUGAGAACCAGGCGAAGAUGAGGUGUAACUACCGCGGUGGUUCAAAGAACUUUAUUCAGCACAAAAAGGAAAAGGGAAACCAACCUGAGGAAUCUGUCGGUCCUGUACAAUUAUUUCAUGACACUCUUUGGAUUAAUGAACAAGCAAGAGAGCUAUAUGUAAGUUCAUCAUCUUUGAAUUAUCAAAAUAAGGUUGCUUCUUUUAUAUGUUAUGUGUUAUGAUCAGAAGUAGUGAAAAGGAGUAGCUUUUUCCUAAACAUAAAUAUGCUUCUGCUUUGUGUUAUAUGCUUCUGUUAUGUGUUAUAUUGCACAUCACUUUGGCACACCAAACACUGAAAAACUUGGAGAAUCUUUUAAGAGGAGAUUGGAAAAACUAUCUCCACAAGAAAGGCACCCCACUAUUGCCUAAUCCCCACGCCAUCUCCAAAAAUUCAGAUACAUUAAUAGCAACAAUGGCAUUAUAUUUAGCAUCUUUGCUGCAACUUUUGUUUUUCUUGCUUUAUUCUCUAGGAUUCCUUCAAUUCAAGUUCAUAACUGUUUAAUUUUUCUUAGCUUGUUUUUUAACUUCUGUAAAAAUUUGACUUUAAAAUUUUAAACAAGAGAAUUGAAGUUGAGAUUGAUAAUCU